AUGUCGUUUUCGCACUUCCUCCGUACUACCCUCCACCGCAGGUGCGUUUGCGGCCACUUCACGAACUUCACCCAGCCUAAGAGGGCGCUCUCUCUUCCCGACGCGACUGAGAAGCCGGGCAUGCCGUGCGGAUGCUGCUCCUCCAUCAUGGGUCAGGAGCACAUGUACCUCGUGUGCGGGCGCGUCGACGACGACGGCCCCGGCCUGUACUGCUGCGGGGAGCCGACCCAGUGCUGGGAGCAGGGAGUCCACGACGACUCCAACAUCACCUGUCACAAGGGAUGCGACCUCUCCGGUGAGCAGUGCAGGACCUUCACGACCGACGGCGUGGACGGCAAUGCUGACACCGCCAUCACGUACUGCCAGGACUGCUUCUUCAAGAGGCGCGCAGCCUUCGUGCGCAAGGCACGGAAGCACCUCCUCGCCAAGGCCAAGGCGAGCACGCCGCCCCCCACGAAGCGGGCGCGCGUCGUUUCUCCUGGCUCGGGAGCUUCGGCUGGCUCUGCCAUCGCCGCUGCUGCUCCUUCUGUCGGCUGAUUUCACCCGCCGAGACUCCUGUGACCGCCAUCUUCUGUCAACCUUCAGCCUCAUCAUCUGCUGCCAGUUGCUUUGAAUUCACGGUUCAUCUUCCCACGUUUCUUCUGUUUUCUUCGUUCAGACUUGCGUUAGAUUUCGUGGUGUGAAAAGCUUCUGGUGUCUUGUCCCGUUACGUGCUAUCGAUUCGGUGUUCAGUUUUCUAUAAAUUUCGUCUAUUCCUAGGGCGCGGUCUUGCUGCCUCAGGUUUUUACAUGCCUUCAAAGAUGGAGGAUUCUGUCAACCUUCAGCCUCAUCAUCUGCUGCCAGUUGCUUUUAAUUCACGGUUCAUCUUCCCACGUUUCUUCUGUUUUCUUCGUUCAGACUUGCGUUAGAUUUCGUGGUGUGAAAAGCUUCUGGUGUCUUGUCCCGUUACGUGCUAUCGAUUCGGUGUUCAGUUUUCUAUAAAUUUCGUCUAUUCCUAGGGCGCGGUCUUGCUGCCUCAGGUUUUUACAUGCCUUCAAAGAUGGAGGAUAUCUCACUGGCUCCCCGCAUCCAGACUUGUGCGUUCUCUUUCCACAUCUGUUCUUGUCGGUGUCGUAGAUAGUGCUGCAGUUUUCGAGUGUUUCACGUACACAUACAUAUGGAACAGCCUGGUCAGAGUGAUUACUAUCCAGCGCGACACGGUGCUCGACCUGUAGACAUGGGUUUGAUGCCUUUCUGUGCUUUGUUUCAAGUCUUCAAGUUCAGUUCUACUUAGGUAUUUCUCGUCUGAUUAGAUUCGAAGAGCCUGGCCUGUGUACGUGGUGUCCGUAUCAGUUGAAUUUUAGUCGACACGCGGCAACUACUGUCCGUAUCAUAUUAGGCAUAGACGUUUCAUAGUCGCGUUGUUAUUUGAUUCUUUCCAGAGCGGCCUGUUCAUACGAUUGGUUCAAGCAACACCGGGUUUCCUCCCUGCUUGUGGGUCUGACUGUGUUUCGUUUCUUGCUCUUAUGUAGUCUUGCUGCGCAUUGUACAACGCCUUGAGUGAGGGCGUGUAGUGAGGUGACUGAAAAUGGCUGCAAUCAAGGAACGUUCUUUCGGGUAUGUUUCUUGCCUUCUCGCUGGAAAGCUUGAGUUGACUCUACGUUCAUUCGUUCUUAAUAACACCCUGGACUUCUAAUGUUCUU